AUGUCCUACUGGACGACAGUAAAAUGCUUCUGCGAGGACCAAGUUUCGGUCGGGUUUGGCAUUUGCAUGGUUCGUCAUCUUUCAACACCAGCCAAGUAUCUCGAGGACUCUAGACGAUCGCGAUACGUCUGUCAGGGUGUCGGGGUGUGGCAGGAUUUCGCUGCUGCGCCUAUCAUACCGCCAGCCAACCCAUCUAUGUAUACGUCCUUCUGCGGGGUCCAAGUUUUGGUCGGGUUUGGCAUUCGCAUGGUUCGUCAUCUUUCAACACCAGCCAAGUAUCUCGAGGACUCUAAACGAUCGCGAUACGUCUGUCAGGGUGUCGGGGUGUGGCAGGAUUUCGGUGCUGCGCCUAUCAUACAGCCAGCCAGCCCAUCAAGUUAUAUCCUGUCAGGCUCGAAACACAAUGACGGAAGUAAUCCCCACCCCGCUCCGAACCAAGAAGUGACUGCAAUGAGGAGACAAGUCCAAACCAGCUUCAUGUCCUACAAAAUUUCGUCACUUCCGCAGUGA